ACAGUCCCUCCUUUGCACCACAAGUACUUCUGGAAUUGUACUUCUAUUCCCACCAUAUACAGGUCAGAUCAUCCUAGUCUGAUACAUACGAAGUAAUGCUUGCCUUGACAGGAUGUACGGGGAAGAUCGGGGGAGCGGUCUUUGAUGCGCUUCUCACGAACCAGCUCAUCCCACCCUCUCAGCUUGUGGUCUGUACCUCAUCCAGCACGGAAGACGCACGAUGGGACGCCUUCAAAUCUCAGGGGGGUAUCGUCCGUCAUUCCAACUACGAUGAUCCGGAAUCCAUGGUGAAAGCGUUCUCCGGCUGCACCAAGCUCUUCCUCGUGUCCACCCCACGAGUUAGCAUGGACUUCUUCGAUGCUCCCCCAGGCCAGGGCCGGGAACGGCAUCACACUGAUGCUAUCAGAGCGGCUCAAAAGGCUGGCGUAAAGCAUAUCUAUUACACCUCUUUAGCCUUUGGGCCAGAAUCCGUUGCCGGUGUGAUGCGGGCCCACCUCCGCACCGAGGCUUUCCUCAAGGACUUGAAAGACAUCAAGUUCACUGUAAUUAGAGAAGGGCUGUACAACGAGUCGUGGCCAUUGUAUUUCGGCUAUUAUGACCUCAAAAAGGAUGACCGGGACGAGGUCGUCACGGCUGGUGAUGGUCCGAUCAGUUGGACUUCUAUUGCGGAUCUUGGUUUGGCGUCUGCUUUGGUUGUUGUCGAUCCCUCGGAAAAGUACGUCGGGAAGACAUUUUACCUCUCGAACUCGAGAACCAAGACUCUCAAGGAUAUUGCAGCCAUAGUAUCCAAGGUUAAGGGGAGGGAAAUCCGCUUGAAAACUGUCUCACUUGAGGAACAUUGUGAAUAUUACAUCACGAAAAUGGGUAGGGACAAAGGAGCUGUUGAAUGGUGGUGUACGAGCUAUGCUGCUCUGGAGAGGAAUGAGUGUUGGAUCAAAGAUAGUCCGUUCAAUGAACUGCUAUCGAGCAGAGGCAGGCAACCAAAACCUGUCGAGGAGACUAUCGAAGAGAUGUUGAAAGGCUGAAAGGGCUUAUUGACGAAUCACAAGACCUUAUGCCCUUCGUAUAUUCCCUGAACCGUGAAUAGAGCAACACGUACAUAUUCCCCUACCGCUUCUAUCACAGUAAAUGAGAAAAUUUUCC